GAGGGAACGGUCCUCGCUGGCAUCACACCUGCAAACUGACAGCGUUAUCCAGGUGCCUCCAGUCCCCGCUCCGGACCCAGCAUCAUGUCGGGCAUCGCGACCACCCUACGGCACCGCCGGGAGAGAGACCAGGGCAUCGGCACCAACAGCCAGGCGGUGAAGUACCUGAACCAGGACUACGAGGCUCUGAGGCAGAGCUGCUUCGAGACCGGUCAUUUGUUCCAGGACGAGACGUUCCCGGCCCUGCCCUCCUCCCUGGGCUUCAACGAGCUGGGCCCGGCCUCCUACAAGAUCCGAGGGGUGUCCUGGAAGAGACCCACGGAGCUGACCUCUGACCCUGAGUUCAUCGUCGCCGGAGCCACCAGGACCGACAUCUGUCAGGGAGCUCUGGGUGACUGCUGGCUGCUCGCCGCCAUCGCCUCUCUGACCCUGAACGAAGAAGUUCUGGCUCGAGUCGUCCCACAUGGACAGAGCUUCAAAGAUGGGGAGUACGCCGGCAUCUUCCACUUCCAGUUCUGGCAGUUCGGGGAGUGGGUGGACGUGGUGAUCGACGACCGUCUGCCGGUCAAAGACGGAGAGCUGAUGUUUGUCCACUCGGCAGAGGGGAGGGAGUUCUGGAGCGCUCUGCUGGAGAAGGCCUACGCCAAGAUGAACGGAUGUUACGAGGCACUGUCUGGUGGAACCACCACUGAGGGCUUCGAGGAUUUCACCGGAGGAAUCGCUGAAGUCCAUGAUCUGAGUCGACCCAGUCCACAUCUGUUCCACAUCAUCCAGAAAGCUCUGCACCGGGGAUCAUUGAUGGGCUGCUCCAUAGACAUCACGAGCUCGGCCGACUCAGAGGCGGUCACCCAUCAGAAGCUGGUGAAAGGCCACGCCUACUCAGUGACAGGUGCAGCUGAGGUGGAUUAUCGUGGUGACAAGGAAAAGCUGAUCCGGAUCAGGAAUCCUUGGGGUCAGGUGGAGUGGACCGGAGCCUGGAGUGAUGAUUCAAUGCAGUGGCGUUACAUCGGCGAUGAGGACAGAGAGCAUCUGAGCCAUCGCUCAGAGGACGGAGAGUUCUGGAUGUCUUUCUCUGACUUCCUGCGACAUUACUCCCGGCUGGAGAUCUGUAACCUGACCCCCGACGCUCUGAGCGAUGACAACAUCUCUAAGUGGGCUCUGUCCAAAUUCGAGGGCAGCUGGAGGAGAGGAUCCACUGCUGGAGGCUGCAGGAAUUAUCCUAACACAUUUUGGACGAACCCUCAGUUUGUUAUCAAGCUGGAGGAGGAGGACGACGACCCAGAAGAUGGCGAGGCUGGCUGCAGCUUUGUGGUUGGCCUGAUCCAGAAGAACCGCAGACGCAUGAGGAAGAUGGGGGAGGACAUGCACACGGUUGGCUUCGCCAUCUACGAGGUUCCUGAUGAGUUCUCUGGUCAGAGGAGCGUUCACCUGAACAGGAACUUCUUCCUGCGUCACGCAUCUGCCGCUCGCUCCGAAACCUUCAUCAACCUGCGAGAAGUCUGCAGCCGCUUCUGCCUGCCGCCUGGAGAGUAUCUGAUUGUCCCGUCCACCUUCGAACCGCACAAGAACGGAGACUUCUGCGUCCGAGUCUUCUCUGAGAAACAGGCCGACUUUCAAGAGCUGGACGACCCCAUUGAGUCCAGAGUGGAGAAGAUUGAGAUUGAUGAGGACGAUGUGGACGACCGGUUCAGAGGUCUGUUUGGGAAGCUGGCAGGAGAGGACUGUGAGAUCUGUGCCUUCGAGCUGCAGAAGAUCCUAAACAAAGUGGUGACCAAACGAUCUGACAUCCAGACCAGCGGCUUCAGCAUCGCAACAUGUCGCAACAUGGUCAACCUGCUGGAUAAAGACGGCAGUGGGAAACUGGGUCUGGUGGAGUUUAAAGUGCUGUGGACCAAAAUUGAGAAGUACCUGAAUAUUUACCGUCAGAAAGACGUUGAUAAUUCAGGGACAAUGAGCUCCACAGAGAUGAGGACAGCUGUGGAGGAGGCUGGUUUCAGUCUGAAUAAUCCUCUCCACCAGGUCCUGGUGGCUCGUUACAGUGAACCAGAUCUCACCAUCGACUUUGACAACUUUGUGGGCUGUUUGGUUCGUCUGGAGACCAUGUUCAACACGUUCAACACGUUGGACAAAGACAACUCAGGAACCAUUGAGCUGAACAUUUUGGAGUGGCUGAACGUGUCUCUGCUCUGAGGAACCAGGAGCAGCCUGAUCCAGAUCCUGAAACCUGCCUGCACCGACAGUAGAGAUGAAUUUACCAGACAGAAUGUAACAGCUGGAACUGAAAUAUUCUACAUGUGGUGGAUGGAGUUUGGUUUCUAUGUUAUUCUUAUCAUGGGGGAGAGGGAUGUUAGUGUGAUACAGAGACAGAUCAAUGAACACUGUUCAUCAUGAUUCAUCAUUUUACAGACAGACUUCAUAUCACUUCACUUUAUCCACUAUAACCUGUAUACAAACAUGGAAAUGGUAAAUGGGCUGCACUUAUAUAGAGCUUUUCUAGUCUAACUGACCACUCACAGCAGCUUACACUACUGCCACAUUCACCCGUUCACACACCGAUGCAUCAUCAGGAGCUGGGGAUCGAACCACCGACUCUCCGGUUAGUGGACGACCCGCUCUACCUCCUGAACCACAGUCACCCCUAAUAAAUAACGGGUUUAUAACAGACUGUGGUGUAGUUUAUAAGCAGAUCUAAGAACUUGUUUAUCAAUGCUCAGUGUUUGUUCCACGUUUUCUAUUAUUCCAUCCUGUGUUUUACCGUGUUGUCGUUCAUCAUCUGUUCAUCCAGCAGCCUCCUCUGAUGGAGGAGUUGGAGCCGGUAACAGAGACGCUGAUAAACACUGAGCUCUGGUCACAGCUGCAUCAGAGUCUGUUAGUUAUUAUAUCUUUAUACAGUGAUUAAACAUGAUACAUUCAGAGGGAAGUUAAAAUAAAGCGUUACCACAGUUUUUCAAGUCUCUGUAUUUAGAUGGUUUUUAACUGGUGUUUCAUAAAGUCAUUUAUUGCUUUAGUUUUGUUGUGUUUGACAGUGAAGCUGUUUCACACCAGAUGCCUUAAUAAUAAACUGUAACUGCCUCAUUAUAGAAAUGUUACACAAUGAUUUAAUAAAGAGAAUAAACAACUCAA